UCUAGCCCAGCUCCUAGCUCGCGCUCCCCUCGCCUCCUGCGCUUUCCCCACGGCGGCGAUGCCAGAGCCUUCGCCAGGGCUGCGCCGGGCACUACUCGGCCUCUUGGCUGCCCUGGGCCUGGGGCUCCUUGACCGCUCAGCGGUCGCGCAGGACCCCUUCUGGGCGGACCUGCAGCCCCGUGUGGCGCUCGUGGAGCGCGGGGGCUCUCUGUGGCUGAAUUGUAGCACUAACUGCCCUCGGCCGGAACGCGGUGGCCUAGAGACCUCUCUGCGCCGAAACGGGACGCAGAGGGGUUUGCGCUGGUUGGCGCGGCAGCUGGUGGACAUCCGUGAGCCGGAGACCCAGCCGGUCUGCUUCUUCCGCUGUGCGCGGCGCACACUACUGGCGCGUGGGCUCAUUCGCACUUUCCAGCGGCCAGAUCGCGUAGAGCUGUUGCCUCUGCCUGCGUGGCAGCCGGUGGGCGAGAACUUUACCCUGAGCUGUAGGGUCCCCGGAGCCGGGCCCCGUGGGAGCCUCACACUGACCCUGCUGCGAGGCACCCAGGAGCUGAUCCGCCGCAGCUUUGCGGGCGAACCACCCCGAGCGCGGGGCGCAGUGUUCACGGCCACCGUAUUGGCUCGGAGGGAGGACCAUAGGGCUAAUUUCUCGUGCCAUGCUGAGCUAGACCUCCGGCCGCAUGGCCUGGGACUGUUUGAAAACAGCUCGGCCCCCAGAGAGCUCCGAACCUUUGCCUUGCCUCCGAGCACCCCGCGCCUCGCUGCUCCCCGGCUCUUGGAAGUAGGUUUUGAAAAGCCCGUGAGCUGCGCCCUGGACGGCCUGUUUCCGGCUUCAGAGGCCAGGGUCUACCUCGCGCUGGGGGACCAAAGGCUGAGUCCCGAUGUCACCCCAGAGGGGGACACACUCAUAGCCACUGCCACAGCCACAGCCAGCACAGAGCAGGAGGGUGCCACGCAGCUGGUCUGUAAUGUGACCCUCGGGGGCGAAAGCCGCGAGACCUGGAAGAACUUGACCAUUUACAGCUUCCCCCCUCCCCUCCUGACCUUGAGUGAGCCCAGCGUCCCCGAGGGGAAGACGGUGACAGUAACCUGCGCAGCUGGAGCCCAAGCCCUGGUCACACUGGAGGGAAUUCCAGCAGUGGUCCCGGGGCAGCCCGCCCAGCUACAGCUGAAGGCCACUGAAAACGACGACAGGCGCAGCUUUUUCUGCGACGCCACCCUCGAGGUGGACGGGGAGACCCUGAGCAAGAACCAGAGCGCUGAGCUUCGCGUCCUGUAUUCCCCUCGGCUGGAUGACUCAGACUGUCCCAAGAGCUGGACGUGGCCCGAGGGCCCAGAGCAGACGCUGCACUGCGAGGCCCGAGGAAACCCAGAGCCCUUGGUGCACUGCGCCCGGCCAGACGGUGGGGCCGUGCUGGCGUUGGGACUACUGGGUCCUAUCACCCGUGCGCUUGCAGGCAAUUACCGCUGCAGGGCAACCAAUGUCCAAGGCGAGGCGGUUAAAGACGUGACACUGACGGUGGAAUACGCACCAGUGUUGGACAGUGUGGGCUGUCCAGAGCAUAUUACCUGGCUGGAGGGAACAGAGGCCUCACUGAGCUGUGUGGCGCAUGGGGUCCCGCCACCAAACGUGAGCUGUGUGCGUUCUGAGGAGGCUGGGGUCAUCCUUGAGGGGCUGCUGCAUGUGGCCCGGGAGCACGCAGGCAUCUACCGCUGUGAAGCCACCAAUCCUCAAGGCUCAGCUACUAAAAAUGUGGUUGUCACAGUGGAAUAUGGCCCCAAUUUUGAAGAACUGAGCUGUCCCAGCAAUUGGACAUGGGUGGAAGGAUCUGGACAACUGUUUUCCUGUGAGGUCGAUGGGAAGCCAGAACCAAAUGUGGAAUGUAUUGGCUCUGGAGGAGCCAGUGAGGGGGUGCUGCUGCCACUGGCACCCCCAGAUCCCAGAGCCCCUGGCACCCGUAGUGAUAUGGCACCUGGUGUCUACAUCUGCAAUGCUACCAAUCGUCAUGGCUCCAUGGUCAAAACAAUCGUCGUGAGCGCAGAGUCACCACCGCAGAUGGAUGAGUCCACAUGCCCAAGUCACCAGACGUGGCUGGAGGGGGCAGAGGCUACCACGUUGGCCUGCAAUGCCCGGGGUCACCCCUACCCAGGGGUGCGUUGCUACCGGGAGGGUGUGCCCUGGCCUGAGCGGCAGCGUGUGUCCCGAGAAGACGCGGGCACUUAUCGCUGCGUGGCCACCAAUGCGCAUGGCACGGACUCCCGGACCAUCACCGUGGGUGUGGAAUACCAGCCGGUGGUGGCAGAACUGGCCGCCUCACCUCCUGGAGGCGUGAGGCCAGGUGGAAACUUCACAUUGACCUGCCGUGCAGAGGCUUGGCCUCCAGCACAGAUCAGCUGGCGCGCGCCUCCAGGGGCCCUCAACAUCGGCCUGUCGAGCAACAACAGCACACUGAGUGUGGCAGGGGCCAUGGGCAGCCAUGGGGGCGAGUAUGAGUGCGCAGCUACCAAUGCCCACGGGCGCCACGCUCGUCGCAUCACAGUGCACGUGGCCGGUCCAUGGCUGUGGGUCGCUGUGGGUGGAGCUGCAGGGGGCGCGGCACUGCUGGCUGCAGGGGCUGGCCUGGCGUUCUAUGUGCAGUCCACCGCCUGCAAGAAAGGCGAGUACAAUGUGCAGGAGGCUGAGAGCUCGGGUGAGGCUGUGUGUCUCAAUGGUGCGGGCGGCGGUGCUGGAGGGACCUCUGGUGCAGAAGGCGGACCUGAGGAGGGGGACACAGCCGAGUCACCUGCGGGGUGUGAGGUCUUUGCCAUCCAGCUGACCUCUACGUGAGCCCAGUUCCCUCUCCCUACAGGCUGGGGGACAUUCCCCAGAUACUCACCGGGGGGUUAUUUAUUGCUUUAUUUAUUUAUUCAUUUAUUUGUUUAACUCCAGGAGCAUCAACCCCAUUUUCUACCUACUCCUCAAUAAAGUUUUUACAAAGGA